UUUUUGAUGUCUAUCAAACAUUUCCUGCUUUUGACGAUGGGCUUUGUUUUUGUGAUUUUUAAUUGUAAAAGUAGGAGAACAGGGAGACUACCAGCAAUGAAGACAGCUAAGGCGUAUGCUAAGUUAUUGCAAAGUAAAUCGAACGUAAUGAUUUUGGUAUCAUUAUAAUAGACACACACAAAUAAGAUCUCAGUGUUAUGACCCUUGGACGACACGCUCAUGUCCGGAGCCACUGAACGAAGCAGGAGGCAUCGCCCCCUGAAGAUGUAUCUGGUACAUUCCGACUAUAAAGUUGAGGAUCACCUGGAGGGUGCCAUUCGGCUGCCACGGGGGAGUCUAUGUCAGGUGCAGGAGGAUGGAAAAGGUGAUCAGUUUUGGGUGAAGGUGUUGGAUUCUGGUUCGCUUGUUAAGAUUGAUAAACAGGUGCUAAUAGAUGUACCAGGUGAACUGUCAGGACUGCUGGAGGCUGUCGUAGAUGCCGAGUCCCGCUUCCAGCUGUUUUUUAAGCCCCACCGACUGAAGCGGUUAGCUGCCCUGUCUAUUGGAGCAGAGGUGAGGGUGCAGGUGGGACAGCUGGGCGAACUGGAUGGGGUGCUGCGGUACCGGGGUCCACUGACAGCUGGCAGUGCUGCAGUGCACUUCGGAGUUCAGCUGAAGUCACCGGCUGCGGGGAGGGGAACAAAUAAUGGGUCCUAUAAGGGACACCAGUUCUUCCACUGUCCUGAAGGCUGUGGUGUCUUUGUGGCGGCCAGUCGAAUUUUCCCGCGGUCAUCUCGGACCAGCAAUGCAGACGCUGUUUUGGCAUGUGUCCGUGAAUACGGUCCCACCCAGAGCACAAUCCAGGCUCGCACAACUGACUCCAUUCCCAGUAUCAGCUCAGCACCCCAAUUGCAGGUUGGGCAUAGGGUGUGUUUCCUCAUGGGACAGAACCCUGUUAGUGGAGAGGUUCGCUAUAUUGGGCUCUUGCCAGGGAAGACAGAACCAUACGUGGGACUCCUAUUGGACAACCCUGUGGGGUCGUGGGAUGGCUGGUUUAAGGGGGAGUUUCUUUGUGCUGUGCCCUCCCCCCAGUAUGGGCACCUACUGCCUUUGGCUAAAGUGUCCCUAAGUGUGGCACCACCCACUGCAGAGUCACUAAAGACUCACUGCCAGGCUCCAGUGUCCCCUUCCUAUCCAUCAUCCAAUGAAACAAGGACCCACCAGUCUCCAACACGCACAGCCAACCCCAAGCCUUCCCAUAAUGCUUCAUCCCUACUGGUCACCAAGCCUCAAGGCUCAUCCUCCUCUACUGUCACUGACCAAUCAUAUCACUGCCCACGGUCUCCCACCAAGAUUGUGCCAGAACGCAACGAAGUCCAAAGUGAAAGGGGGGCGACGGGAAUGGGGCUAGAGGUGGGCUGUAUGGUUGAGGUGAAUGACCCCCCUUUAUAUGGGGUAAUCCGCUGGAUUGGUGAAAUCAGUGGCAUCCCAGAGCCUGUAGCUGGACUGGAACUGGACCAGGAGUUAACCGCGGCGACAGAUGGAAGUUACCUAGGCGAACGCUACUUUCGUUGUCCGGCCAACAAGGGGCUAUUUGUCAAACUCCGGAACUGUAGGCGCGACUCACGGUUCCCUGCCCCAGAGACACCAGCUAACCAGGUGCAGCGGUGCAACUCCAUAGCUUUUGCAGAUUGGAGCAGUGAACGUGUGGAGGAGAACACGCCCUCGCUCUAUGGUGUCUUGGCCCAGGAACGCUACACAGGCUGGAAGAAAGGCAUACAGGGCCACCUGAACUCCUGCUAUCUGGACGCCUCGCUCUUUAGUCUGUUCUCCUGCUCAAGCUCAGCAGACUCAGCCUUGUUAUGGCCCUUACGGCCCCAAGAUGGCCCCCACUGCUGCCACGCCCAGGACCUGCUGCGCUGUGAGAUUGUCAAUCCUCUGCGCAGGCAUGGGUAUGUCUGCGCCAGUAAGACUAUGGCCUUGCGGAGAUUGCUGGAAGCAGAGAGUUCCGAUACAGGCUUCACCAGCCAAGAGAAAGACCCAGAAGAAUUCAUUAAUAAACUUUUCCAGCUGCUGCGGGUUGAGCCUCUUUUGAAGAUUAGAUCAGCUAGCAGGCAGCCUCAGGAAUGUCACCUGUAUCAGCUCUUCCCCCUGCCCAAUGCUGCAUCCCCCCCGCUGUCACCCUCCACCAGACAAUCUGUGAGGGUUGCCACUGUACAGAUCCUGCUAGAGACCUCCUUCAUGCACGCUGGGCUGAAAUUUGCAGAGGCUCCAUCCUGCCUGCUACUAUUGAUGCCCAGGUUUGGGAAGGACUACAAAAUGUUUGAUGCUAUCCUGCCCUCCUUGACUCUUGAUAUCACUGAUCUUCUGGAUGACACUCUAAGGGAAUGCAGUAUCUGUCAGUCUGUAGCAGAAUGGGAGUGCGCACAGUGCUAUGAGGACCUAGACAUCAAACCGAAUUGCCUCAAACAGUACUGCCAGAUCUGCAACACGCAGGUGCACAACCACAGGAAGCGUCUCUCUCACAAGCCAGACAAGGUGGGAGUGCCAGGGGGGCCCUGGGCAGGACCGGUGCACGGCGUCCGCCAGCAAAUGUCUUUGUUUGCAGUGACGUGCAUCCAGACUAGCCACUACGUGAGCUUUGUACGCUGUGGACCUACGCCCACUGAUUGGUUAUUCUUUGACAGCAUGGCUGAUAGGGAAGGUGGAGAAAAUGGCUUCAAUGUGCCCCAAGUGAAAGCAUGUCCAGAGGUGGCACAGUACCUAACUCAGUCGGACGGGGAACUUAGUAAACUGGAGACCUCCUCCCUCCACGGUGCAGCCAGGCGGCUGCUCUGUGACUCGUACAUGUGCCUCUACCACAAUCCCCAGCUAAGCUUGUACAAGUGAUACACGGAGAGGCGUGUGCACAUAUACAAAAAUCAGUAUGCAUGUAAAUAUAAAUACAGCACCGAAGGACACCAAGUCACACACACGAGUACACACACUCAUAAGCACACACAUUUUUAAAAAUGUACAAAAUGUAUUUCUGUUUUGGAGUCCUGUGUUUUGUUCAGAAACGUUGCUCCCUAGAACUAUGAGCAAUGGAAAUGAGAGCAAAGAUUAAAAUAUUAAUUUAAACUUUAAACAGUAUUAAUUUUGACUGUAAAUUAUGUGGUUUUCUUUAUUACAUUAUUUUUUUGAUGGUUUUAACAACUUUUUAGUGAUGUAUAAAAUCCAAAUGUUUAACAUGUGUUGUCCUGUGACUACUGUUAAAUAAAGACAACCGUUUAAUAGGAUAGUACAAGAA